GCGGCUCGGCUCGGCUUGGCGCAGCACAGCGCUGUGCUGUGUUCGUGGCGGCGGCGGCGGCGGCGGCGGCGGCGGGUGGGGGCCGCGCUGCCCUCCGGUGCCGGCUCCGCGGCGGGACGCAGGCGGCCGCGGCCAUGGCGUCGGAGCGGGGCCGCCUCAGCUUCCCCGGCGGCGGCGCUGGAGCUCUGAGCCGCCCCGUGCCCAUGAACCUCUUCGCCACCUGGGAGAUCGACGGCUCCAGCCCCAGCUGCGUCCCGCGGUUGUGCAGCCUGACUUUAAAGAAACUGGUAGUCUUAAAGGAAUUGGAUAAAGAGCUCAUACCUGUGGUCAUUGCAGUUAAAAUGCAGGGUUCUAAACGAAUACUCCGGUCUCAUGAAAUUGUGCUGCCCCCGAGUGGACACGUGGAAACGGAACUUGCACUAACUUUUUCACUACAGUAUCCUCACUUCUUGAAACGAGAGGGCAACAAGCUUCAGAUCAUGCUGCAAAGGAGGAAGCGAUACAAAAACCGAACCAUCCUAGGCUAUAAGACUUUAGCAGUGGGCUCCAUUAAUAUGGCUGAGGUUAUGCAGCACCCUACUGAAGGAGGUCAGGUUCUGAGCCUUUUCAGUAAUAUCAAGGAAGCUACAGCCAAAGUAGCAGAGAUAUGGAUUUUCUCACUGUCCAGUCAGCCCAUAGACCAUGAAGACAGCACUAUGCAGGCCAGCCAGAAAAUCAAGUCUACAGAUAACUAUUCUGAAGAAGAGUAUGAGAGCUUCUCCUCUGAGCAAGAAGCUAGCGAUGAUGCUGUCCAGGGACAGGAUUUGGACGAUGAUGAAUAUGAGCUGGGGAAGCCAAAGAAGCAGCGGAGAUCGAUAGUAAGAACGACGUCCAUAACCAGGCAACAAAACUUCAAACAGAAAGUGGUGGCGUUGCUGAGAAGGUUCAAAGUGUCUGAUGAAGUUCUGGAUUCAGAGCAGGACCCAGCAGAGCACAUCCCAGAAGUUGAGGAAGACUUGGACCUUCUGUAUGAUACACUGGAUAUUGAAAACCCCAGUGACAGUGGUCCUGAAAUGGAAGACGAUGAUAGCGUCCUCAGCACUCCUAAACCAAAGUUAAAACCUUACUUUGAAGGCCUGUCACACUCCAGCUCCCAGACAGAAAUUGGUAGCAUCCACAGCGUCCGGAGCCAGAGAGAGCCCUCCAGUCCUGUAGAAGUGCCUGAAAAAGCAAAGAGUCUUGGAAGCAAGCAUCCAAGCAACAGCAUCUCUGACACUGUGUCUUAUGAUUCAAAUCAGCAAGUGGAGAGCCAGGAGGCUGACCUCCCCAUGUCAGACGUCUUCAUCGAGAAGCUCCCACCUAGUGGAAAAAUCACAAAGACGGAGUCCCUCAUUAUCCCUUCCACCAGAAAGAUGACUGUGCUGCUGCUGCUGUCGUUUAGCAGGCCAGAAGGGAAGCAAGCUGGCCGUCGGGGGAGAAGCACUUCUUUGAAGGAAAGGCAACCAGUGAGGCCACAGAACGAAAGAGCCAACAGCUUGGACAAUGAGCGCUCACCAGAUACCAGGCACCACUUGCAGAUCCCAAGGAAGACUGUGUAUGAUCAGUUGAAUCACAUCCUGAUUUCGGAUGACCAGCUGCCAGAAAAUAUUAUUCUGGUUAAUACUUCUGACUGGCAGGGCCAGUACCUCUCAGAUGUGUUGCAAAAACAUACCCUCCCUGUAGUCUGCACAUGCUCUUCUGCUGAUAUUCAGGCGGCUUUCAGCACCAUAGUCUCCAGGAUACAAAGAUACUGUAACUGCAAUUCUCAACCUCCAAAUCCAAUUAAAAUUGCAGUGGCUGGAGCCCAGAAUUACCUCAGUGCUGUAUUGAGACUCUUUGUAGAGCAGCUGUCUCACAAAACCCCAGACUGGCUCAGCUACAUGAGGUUUUUGAUCAUCCCGCUAGGGUCUCAUCCUGUAGCAAAGUACCUGGGCUCUGUAGAUUAUAGAUACAACAACUUCUUCCAAGACUUAGCCUGGAGAGAUUUGUUUAACAAACUUGAAGCACAGACCACUGUUCAGGACACACCUGAUAUCGUCUCAAGAAUAACCCAGUACAUAGCGGGGGCAAACUGUGCACAUCAGUUGCCGAUUGCAGAAGCAAUGUUGACAUACAAGCAGAAAAGCCCUGAUGAAGAAUCCUCCCAGAAAUUCAUUCCCUUCGUUGGGGUGGUAAAGGUUGGAAUAGUGGAACAGUCCUCGGCUACAUCAGGUGCGGCUGGGGUCUUCAUGGAGACUGGCCCAAACCAUGGGGGCAGAGGCAGCUGGGAACCGGGGUCCACCACCAACCGGAUCCAGCCUGCGGGCCAGAGUUUGCCCAUCCCUGUUGUAUACGCAGCUCUGGGUGAUUCCGAUGACGCAGCUCCCUCUAGUUCCAGUGUCCUUUCCUCUACCCCACCUUCUGUGUCUCCUGCUGUGAAGGAAGCUUCCCCCACCCCACCUUCUUCGCCGUCUGUUACUGGCAGCUUCACUUCCUCCAGCCAGAGCCUUGGUGCUGAGCUGAUGGGACUGCAGGUGGAUUACUGGAUUGCAGCUCAGCCCACAGACAAAAAGAGAGAUCCAGAGAAGAAGGACCCUUCCACUACCAAAAACACACUGAAAUGCACUUUCCGGUCUCUCCAGGUCAGCAGGUUACCCACAAGUGGCGAAAUCACCACUGCUCCGACAAUGUCCAUGACAGUCGUGACGAAGGAAAAAAACAAAAAGGUGAUGUUUUUGCCCAAGAAAACAAAAGACAAGGAGGUUGAAUCCAAGAGUCAAUGCAUUGAAGGAAUUAGUAGGUUGAUUUGCACAGCAAAACAUCAGCAGAAUAUGCUGCGGGUCCUGAUUGAUGGCGUCGAGUGGAACGAUGUGAAGUUCUUUCAGCUGGCAGCGCAAUGGUCCUCCCAUGUCAAGCACUUUCCCAUCUGCGUAUUUGGACACUCCAAAUCCAAUUUCUAGCCGCUUUCAGCGGAAGGGCUUUUUGCCUGUCUGGAGACUGCACGCCUGCCCAGGAGCCAGGAAUCUGAGUGCCAACUCUGACUCAAGUCACUCUGCUCUCUCUCCUGCAGAUUACUUACAGAUGUGCUUGGAUUACUUUUGAAUUACUUUUUUUCUAUUAAUUCCUGAGUUUACUACAAGGGAAGGAAACCCCUUAAAAGCAAAGCAAAAAAAAAUCCCAGUCUUAAAGUAGAAAUGUGCUGAUAACAUGGAAAUUAAUAGGGGAACCUCCAGAAGUGGAGCGACCUGCCUGAAACCUCCUAGAACUUAAGAGCAGAUAGCUGAAUAACUGCACUGCUUAUUAACCUGAAACCUCAUUGGUGUGUUUGGGGCUGGGGGUUCUGGAUUGGGUUAAAUGUUUUUUGUGAGUUGCUGGAGGAAGGGGUACAGGUGGUUGGGUGCAGGUGCUAUGACCUCCCUCAAAUUUCUGUGGAGAAAUUUCCAACACUUUUUCUGUCCUGCCCCUGAAAGAGUCAAGAGUAGUCUGGUACCAAAUAGCUUGUAUGCCAAGACUGAAGUAUGGGUCUGUCAAAAAAACCAAAAAAACCCCAACUCAGUAGAAUAGGGGAGAGACUAGAAAUUGUCCACAGGGAGGGCACUUCAGCAUGGUGGUGCUGAAGUCCAGCUGUUGAAAUGGGCAGGUUUGUUCAUUCUCAUGCCUGACUAAGCUUGGGCCGAGACUGAAGUGUAUGACACUAAGUUAGUUCAAGGAAAUCCCAUUGUCCCAGAUCUAUCCCAUAACCAAACCAAGCCAGUCACAAUGCCCCCUGCAGCUGGAUGCUGCAGUUGAAGAACACCAAUUCAGUGGGGUUGCUGCUAUUUAGUUUUUCACACAGGUUAUUUACUUGUCAAUAAAACGUUGUCCAGUCUCUGAAGGGAAUGGAUACUUUUGUAGCUGCAAAUUUUUUUUUUUAAUGCUUUUUAAAAUUAUUAAUUAAGUUGCCAAAAAAAAACUACAGGAAAGAUGAGUUGCUGUCUUAUAGGUCAAGCGUUAUAGGUCUAGUGACUAGCUCCUGAGCCCUUACACAUGACCAGCUGCAGUUUCAAUACCAGCUACAUUGACAUCCAUACAGCAAAGCACACAUGCAUGUGAUGGCACAUAGUGACAGGCUCACAGAAACUGUUCCACUUUCACACCGUCCCUCAGGUAGUGCCUGCUGGGGUCCCCCUCACACACUCCUAGCUACCUGCCUAUGACCUACACUUCUGGAACAAGGAAUUUAAGUUGCUGCUGCUUUUUCAGAGAGAGGCAGCCAUUCUGUCGAGCAAGGUCUUUGGACAGCAGGAAUGCACAACUUGCUUCUCAGUAGUUUCCAGGUGUCCUGGGCAUGGACUGCAUCUCUCUUGGGGUUUGUCUUCUCCUUGGUCUAAUUUUUGACUGCAUCAAUACACCAGUGGAGCACAGCGCACCUUUAACCACCCAAGACAUUUGCCUGUGUAGGACCCAUCCUGCCAGGUGCUGAAGGCUGUAACAGAAAUUGAAGGCUCAGAAGGCAUGUGGCACUUCUCAUGACCCAGCACUUAGAUGUGGAUGUCACUGUCCUCAUCCACUGCUUUCUGAGUAUUGCUUCCCAUGGGCUUUUUGCUGUGGGAAGGGAUUUUACUGCAACAGCAUGUAAGUCUUUAGUGGAGCAGAGCUUCAUACACUAUGGAACACCAACCAACUUCUUUGUUGAAGUGCACUAUCCUGCUCUGCUUCUGAGCUGCAGCUGAGUUGCAACUCAAGCAUGAGAAGACUUGAAGCUUUAUGUUUUCUCUUACCCACUCUCCCAAGUAUGGACUUAUCCCUGGCAGAUACUAGAGCUGCCUGAAGGUUGCUCCAAUUCGCAAGGUUUCUUACGGGCUCUAAAGGGGUGUUUCAGCAGUAGAGGCUCUUGAGCCAGAGCAGCUGUUGCAGCAACUUUUCCCAAGAAAUUGUCACCUGACUAGUGCAGUUUGCUCUGCUGAGUGGGCAGUAACAUGCUCCAGAGAACAAAAGUAAUGAAGCUCAAAUCUCUCUUCAGUAAAGGCUUAAGUCAGUUUUGUCUCCCUGGAGCUAGUGUGUUCUCUUCUCCUUGGGGGUGCCACACACUUCACUGCUGGUGGUGACAAGUAGCUGUGAAAGCUCUGAUGACAAGGCUUCUCCCUCCUAUGGCAAAAGACACUCAUCCAGUGGCUGCCUUCAAGAUACCCUGGCAACAUGGCAUUAGGGUUGGGACUAGUAAUGUGCAGGGCAUCCAAGCAGAUAAAGCUGGGUGGGGGCUAAAGCACCUGCUUUGCAGGGAGCAAACACCCCAGCAACUCCUUUGCUUGGAGGGAGUUUCAUGAGGGCAACUGUGGGAGUUCUGGUUGUGAAGAGAAAUGUUGGGCCUGACCAGCCACAGGUUCUUGGAGCACUUGCCAAAUUGCUUCCUUCACCAUCACUGUUAAAAAGGCAGCAAGGCUUCAAGAAUAUUUUUUUCCCCAGAGUCUGCUUGUUGGGACAGUUACUGACUUACCGUUGUCUUUAGGGUGAGCAAACGGCAAGAGAAUCCACUCUGCCCUACAUGCAGGUCAUGCCCCUGGGCGGGAACGUCCAGCCAGGAAGGGCUUCAUUGGUUUGGGCAGGACCUGAAUGGACCAGUGGGAGAGGCAUACCCAGUUACCAGUGCCCCUGCCAGAGGAGGAGGGAGGGUUACUGAAGUCCUAAGUGCCUCUCUUCUCUUCCCAAUAAAGAGGAGCAUCCAACCCACACAACACAUGGCACAUCUCUAUUCCAGCUCCCUCGGGCUGCUGUGUUUUCUUAUACUUUUUAAUGGAAAGGGCUCCUCUUCAGUGCAGUAAGGGCCGUGCCCAGAAAUCUAUUUGUUUAGCUGUGACGGGUCUUUCCACCAAGUCGGUAGUGCACUCGUGCUAGGAAUCAAAUAGUUGUGCACUGAUUUGCACCAUAACACUUAACACAGCUGGUCACCUCAGCCUAUUUUUAUUAAUACUUUCUUACUGUAGUGCUGAAGAGAGGGUCUGUUUCCUUUUACUAAUUCUUGAUAAUGGUGGAAAGGGGAGGUCUCUGUUUUGAAUGUAGUCAUGUCUAGUGGUCAGUGUUUUCCAAGGCGACUUGCACUGUUCCUCUGGGCUAGUUCAGGGCUGCCUGGCAGCAGUAGCUUUUGAAAGAGCACAUAAGCACAUUGAUUCUUUUUUACUGAGGCUGUUGCAUCAGAUGGGCCUGUUAAUGAAAGUCAUCAUAUGGGUUCUUCCUUAUAUCCCCCUCAUUCCUGUGUAAGCAGAGUGACCAAACCCCACCCAGGAGCCACUUCUUUUUCUCACUCCAGUGUUGGCAGACAUCCUUGCCCUGAAUUGCAUUGUCAUUGCAGCAAUGGGAAGGGCUUGAACUGGCUACUUGCAAUAAUUUUGUUUACUGGGUGCAAUGAAGGGUUUGUCACUUUUGCUUCUCUUUUAUAUUUCAGCCUACUGUAGUGAAGACAAACUGUAGCUAACAUAGGACUCUCCCAAGUCCUGCAUAUCAAACGUAUGUUGCCCUCUUCCUACUAGUCUACCGUGCAUUCAUGAGCACUUUCACUUGUUGCAUUUCAUGUGGGUUGCUGGGGUUUUUUUUGUUAAUUUUAUACAGUAGAAUUCACCAGGAAACUUUCCACCCUCUUGCUGCCCAAAGCUUUUGAGCAGCAGAAACUUUUUCCUUGCAGGAAGCUGCUCUGCAGCAGCACAGCAACUUGCAAUAAAACACUCUGCCCAGCACAGUUUCCAAGGAAACGCUUGAACUCGCAGCCUCGUCAGGUGCCAGUUGUCCACCUUGGUGAAACUGUUGGGAUCUGAGGAAAGCUGCAUUCUCUAUGGCUAGUAACUGCUUCCCUGCCUCAGUCAAGGGUUGGAGUUUGAGCCCCUGGGGUUUUUUUUGGUGGCAAUAUUUGUCUGAUUAAGUUUUUAUACUAAAAAUAUUCUGCACAUCUUGGAGCUUCUUUACAUGGUGUGCUCUAUUCCUGACCACUGAGAUGACAGGUCCUUAGUAGAGUGCGAGGAAGCUCUGCCAUGAAUGAGGUCUGUUGUAACACCUGGCUGAUUUUCAGGAAAGGGUGUUGGUAAGGCAGGUCUCAGGUCUCCUACAUGGUGCUCUCCAACCCAUCCCUCUAUUCCAGGAAACAAUUUGGGAAAAGUCUGUUUAUGUGCCUGCAGUCACUUGCUGUGAUUACCAAUGGAUGCAGCUGGUAUCUGCACUCUAGGACAAUGCAAGGCCUUGUGUAGAGCUCACCGAUAGGACUGUGCCUAGUUACUGCACCUGCUGGGAAGCCUAUCAGCAUAUCUGGGGGCUGUUUAAUAGCCUCUGCACUGAUAAAUGCAGAAAGACUACCCCUCGAGGUAGAAACCUAGUAUGACUCAAUGGUUAAAGACUGUUAUGGUGUCUUGAAAAGAGGAAUUUGCAGGUCUCCACUGGAGAGUGUGAUUUAAGAAGGAAACUUUUUUUUUCCUUUGUUGUAUUGUCUUGAAUCAGAACUGAGAACCUAGAGGUCACUUUUAUUUAGGCUCCUGGAUUUCUGGCAGCACAAAUGCAAGUUCCUGACUCAGGGUGGGGCUGGAGCAAUGACCUAGUUCUCAGCAGGCAGCAUCCCACCCUCCACCUGCUAAACUAUUGCAUCACCCGCACGGUGACGGCUGCACUCUGCAGGCCUCCUGCAGGAACGUACUGUAGGAGCAACAGUUGUCUGAUUCCUGCUAUGACCUAACAUUUUUACUCCGACUGCUCCAUGUAGCUUUGCUGUACUCUGACAAGGAGACAGCUUUUUGGUCUGCCUCCAGCACUUUCUUUUUAGCAGAGCUGCCAUUUCCCUCUCCUAAUGUCCUCCUGGCAGCCUCCAGUCCUCCUUGGUGACGGGAUCUAAAGAAAUGGCUGCUUAUGCUGACCUAGAGCUGCAGAUCUAAUUUCCAUCCUUCCCAUGGGUUGGUGAGAGGUGGAAGGCCUUCAUGGCAGACCUGGACAGAUGCUUACCAAUGCUGAAUGCUGGUUAGAGGUGCAUUUGACUUGCCCUAAAAUAAAGAGCUGCCAUGUUUCUCAUGGAAAGCUCUCUGGAGUGGCAAUAGUCACUGAGCUGCUGGUCUUCCAUGUACCUCACCUUCAGUCCAUCUAUUGCAAACAAGCCAACCAUGUUUUCUGUUCAGCUCUACAGUUGUUGCCCUGUUUACAUCUUGGAUUUAAUUGCAAAAUCUCUCUUCUCUCCCUCACCAGUUUUCAAAUUCUUAGACCUGGCUGCUGCUUUUUGCUGCUUUUAAUUAGCAAGCCUGUUGUCUCAUUUGUGGAGGAGGGGGCUGAGGGAAAAGAUAGGAUAGGAAGUUUUAUGGGUUAGCAUAGAUCUGCCAUGCUCACUUGCAACAGCUGACCCAGUUAAAAGCCAAAUUGACCGGCACUGUUCUGUUUUUCACCAAAAUACUCUUCUUGCUGUGAAUGUGUCCUGGGUGGUAAUAGUUCAGCUACCGAUUAUCUGUGAUCAAACUGCACGAUUACUUUUUAUCAGUAGAGCAUUGUAGAAGUAAUUUGGCUUCUAGGUUUCAAAGAUAGUACCUGGCGCCUUGAAGUACUAAGGGAAAUCAUCCUGGUGAGUGUAGAGUCUUAUACUCUUUGCCUCUAUUGUGAAAUAGUGAAAGGAGAGUGAAGCCCCUCUGUAUUUCACUUUCAGCUGGGAGCUUUGCCUCUUGGGAAUGUGAAGUCUAAGCUGAGAGGUCUACUUUUGCCAUAGAAGCAUCUGUUUUUCCUGGUGUUUUCUUAGAAGUGGAGAUGAAUAUAAGGCAUUGCCCCUUCAUUCAGUGCGUUUCUGUAUCUAGCAGAUAGCACAGUGGUGACUCAGAUGCAUGAAGUUACCUUUUGGAUUCCCAGCCUGACAGAGGUGACCGUAAUCCAGGUACAGUGUCUCCCACAGACUUUUGAGAGGCCUCGUCAGCAAGAUUCUGGUAAAAAUAUGGGAAAUACUCUUGGAGUGGUGAGCUCUCUUGGUUUUUCUUAGUAGCUUUAGGACAUGAAGCAAGAGAAGUAGAUGCCACAGUUUGGCAAGUAGCAGGUCAUUAAUUUCCUUAAAAGAGAGGAUGCUGACAUCAAACUGUUAUGUCCAGUCAGCUUCUUUCUUAAGACUUGAUGGGAAGAUUCCCAGAAAGUAGUGUCUCUGCAUCAUGUACAAUGCGUCUUUACUCCAAUGCGCCCUUUUAGAGAAGCACCUUGCUAUGUAUGGGUACAAAAUGUGUGAGGGGUCACACACAGCAAGCAUUGCUCAGACCAUGGCAUAUGAAGGGAUGUUACCACUUUGUAGAUUUCUAAGUUGUCCAUCUGUUUCAUUGUUGUAUUGUUUGGAUUUUAGGUUUUUUUAUGAAGACAAAUUAAAUGUAAAUAGCCUUUUUUUGAAACAAACUGCAAUGUGCGCAACCUUGUCAACUAUUUUACGGUACUAAUGCAACACUAAUAAAACUGGAUAUGAAAGCACAA